GGGGGCGGUGUCUGAUGACAGAGGAGGGGGGAGGAGGAAGAGGAGGAGAAGGUCCUCUCGCUGCUCCCCCUCUUUUUCCCCCCUUCAGUCCUACCAGCAGUCCGGUGCUGCCGGAGUUUCAUCUCCCUUCCUCUGGACUUUAUUCUCUUUCUUUGAAGCUGAAACGGACCCCGACGAAURAUCCCGGAAGAUGCUCUUCUUCCUGCUGCCUGCCUUGGCUCUCUUGCUGAGCAGAGAAGCGGCAGUCUCCGGCAACAGUCAGGAGAAAUGGCCCGGCACCGUGGCUCAGUACAACAAGGACCGACCCUGGGACCGAUUCAGAGAUGAAGCUGAGGAUGACUACUUCAAAAGCUGGGUUCCUGCCAAGUCUCUUGACCAAGAGCGGGUAGCUGAGCCUGGCAGAUAUGGAGACCCUGGAAAUAAAGCUCACCCAGUCUCUACAAGGAAACCAGGACAGAAUGGCCCAGAUGCCACCAAAGACCCGUGUCUGAGGGUUCGCUGUCCUCCUCACAAGGUGUGCGUCAGCCAUGACUUCCAGACUGCAAUCUGCACCAAUCACAAACAACCAGCACACAGUGUGAAAGCCAGGAAAGGCAGCGUUAAUCACAAGCACAGGGUCGACGCUGGGGCUCAUCGAAAAUGUAGGCUGUGCUCGGCGCUCUUGUCAACACCUGUUUGUGGUUCUGAUGGACACAGCUAUUCCUCCAAGUGUAAGAUGGAUUUCCAGAGCUGUUUGUCUGGGAAGACCAUCUCAGUUAAAUGUGACGGACUGUGCCCCUGUUUGCCUGGUCAUGAGUACAGCCAACCAUCCCACAGUCCAGAAAAGGCUGCCUGCUCUGACUCGGAGCUCCAUAGUUUGGCUGCCAGGCUGAAGGACUGGUUCGGAGUUCUCCAUCUUGAUGCCAACAGAGACCUCAAGUCCUCUGACAGCUCUGACUCCACUGCUGGACAUUUUGACACCAGCAUCUUGCCUAUUUGUAAGGACUCGCUGGGCUGGAUGUUCAACAAGCUCGAUAUGAACUUUGACCUCCUGCUGGACCAAUCCGAGCUGAAUGCCAUCUACUUGGACAAGUAUGAGCUGUGCAUGAAGCCUCUCUUCAACUCCUGUGACUCCUUUAAGGAUGGCAAGCUGUCUAACAACGAGUGGUGCUACUGCUUCCAGAAGCCUGAAGGACUGCCUUGUCAAACAGAGAAGAGCAGGAUCCAGAAUCAGAGUCGAAYAAAGAGCCUCAUAGGCUCCUAUAUUCCUCGCUGUACCGACGAAGGCUACUACAAACCAACCCAGUGUCACAGCAACACCGGCCAGUGUUGGUGCGUGGACAAGUACGGCAAUGAGAUCGCUGGGUCUAGGAAACAGGGCAACCCCAAUUGCGAUGAAGAAACGGAGACGUCAGGGGAUUUCGGCAGUGGUGGUGCAGUCAUUCUCCUCGAUGACCAAGAAGAGGAACCAACACAGAGCGAGCGGAGCCGGCAGAAGAAAAGACGGGGCCGAAUCCACCCCCGGGGAGCCAACGAGGACGAUGAAGACGAGGAAGAAGACAAGGAUGAUGAAAUUGGCUAUAUUUGGUAGCUUCAUUCCAUUUUACUUUGCCAUCAGCUGACCACGAAACUCUGUUAACUCGGCACAGAUCUAAAGCCAUUCCAACGUCUCCUCCUCCAGUUAUCUUGGCAGCAGUCCAUCCUUUGGCUCCUGAGCCUGCUCRUGUCCCUGCGCCUCAUCAGUUCUCUUUAUCUCUCUUCAGUGAACUUCACACAAACUUUAUUUUCAAGUGUUCUACUCUUCCCCUCAAAUGCCAAACAGAGCUCAUAAAAUUGAAACAACCGUCAAGCCCUUGAAAGGACUGUGCUCAAUCCACUUUUAGCUUCUCCAAAACACUACAAUCUGUAAACCCUUCAAACACAGACACUUCUUUCUUUGAGCCCCUUUUUCUCUCCCUUUGCUGUAUGUCAGUAUCAGUGUCUCUGAUCAGUGUGUGAGUCCCGAUGCAUUAGCUGAUAUAUUGGAUGUAAAUAUGGUUCCUCCACAGAGGUUUCACUGUGGAUCUCUUUGCCCUGUUGUUCCAUCAGCGGUUCAUCCUCAUGGUCUGUGGUCCACCAUCGGGCUCCUUUCAGUGUUUGCUGCCACGCUCUAAGACUUUGAGAUGCCCCCAAAUCUUUCUGUAUUUUAUGGAGGAUUGUAAAUUACUUGUUAAUCCUGAAUGUGUCCAGAAAGCCCYGGAAACAAUGAGAUUAAUGAUGUGUAUUUGUUGUUGUUGUUGCAUGUUUCUCAUCUUGUAUCUGUAAAAGAGAGAUUUGCCUGGCCAGGUCCAGCUCUAUGCAUCUCAAACAGAAAGCGAUGCCUGUUUGGCUGCUACAAUACUUUGUUGCUAUGUUGAUGCUGUCUAGUGUCCUUUUGGUUCUUCUCCCAAUCUCAGGAGGUAGGCUGUUGCAUUACAGAGAGGUAGAAUGAUAGAAACGCAAACUGUUAAGGCCUARAGUGCAAACCUGCGGGGUUUCGGCCAGCUGUUCUUUCGCUGAAUGGUUUAUAGGGGCUGUUGAGGCGUUUUGUCUGUGCAUGGACACGAGUAGAGGAAGCUGCUCCUGAGCUGGGAGGACAUACAGUGUCGAGCAGAGACCAGACUCUGCUGUGCCUCCCAACAUUGGAWAUGUUCAGUGAUUUGAAAUUGAAAUCUUCACCAUGUCAAAUACGUGAACAUUUAUUUAUUUGAAAAUUUCAGUAAAGUGGCACGUCAAGUGUCUUUUGAAACUUA